AUGAGCACUGUGAGUGUUGGACUUUACUUUAGCCAUAAAAUAAUUUAUAUUUUAGAGAAACCAAAUGUAACAUUCAGCUGUUCCAAUCCUUACACGAUAAAUGAAGGUGAUAACUCCACAUGUGUAUGUAGAGGUGAAGAUGGAAACCCUCCAGCCAAUGUAACUUGGUAUGAUAAAAAUGGCGUUCAGAUUGGUGUAACAGGGAAAGAAGGACAAACAUUACCUCUAAGUAAUGUUAGUGCAACAGAUCGUGGAAAUUACACGUGCAGAGCCCAAAGCCACACUCUAGCGGAUAAUAAAUCAAUCGAAGUAAAAAUAAGACUUAAUUGUAAGUAUCACUGACGCUCAAGCCUUUUUGGUAGCUACAGUAUUGAAAGUACCUACUGCGUACAACCUUACUAUAGCUUAGAUAAAUAUAUACGUGCAUGCAAUGAGACCAUUUAACAGGCUGUGCAAAGUAAAUAGACGUUUAAAUUAUAAACUGUGUAGAAAUAUUGAAACCUGCAGUUUUUCCUCGAACAUAAUGUAUUUAAUUGGCAGACUCAAUUGUGCAAGCUAUUUUUCAUAUAGAUAUACUUACUGUCCGGCAACAACAAAAUUGUUUUUAGCAAAAUUUAAUAAUAUAUCAGCAUUUUUUUGUGUUGUAGCUAGAAUAGACCUUUCCAGUAAUUACGUCACGACUAACACUGUUUUCCACUUAAGAUCACCUUAAAUGGAAUAGAUUUCAAGCUUGUUUCCCACGGGCUAUGGUCAGAGAAGCAGAAUAUCCUUCGUCACCCCUCAGCCUCGUUUUCGUGUUUAAGCUUAUUUUCAUUUUUAAUAGUCAAAAUCCAAAAUUCGUUUUUAUGCAUGUGUUGAACUAAGGAUGUUCUGCUCGUCUGACUUUAGCCUGUGAGAAACAAACUUAAAAUCCAUUCCAUUUAAGGUGGUCUUAAGUUGAAAACAGUGUUAGUCGUGACGUAAUUACCGGAAAGAUCUAUUAGAAAAGCGUCAAUUUAACACCAAUUCCCAUUUAUGACUUAUGACAUGUGUUUUUGAUUGACAAAACAAGUCAACACGCAUCUCUCCUUGUCGAAGCAACGUACAAUGUUCCUCCAACGCCAAAUCUCCAGUUUCGUUGGUUUUAUAGGUCUCGUAAUCUUUAGAAAAGUGUAUACAUUUGUUACACAUAUGUUUACUUUAUGCGUGGGCUUGUAUAUUUUGUAUAUAACCAUGUUUUUUGAAACAUGCCAUCAGUCACGUUAUUAUAGUCGCUGUAGACUAGCUCCAAGUCUCUCUUUCAUUGUCAUAUAGUAUCGAUCCACUAUAGUGUACAUUACAUGACGUAGCGCGGAAGGGCGGAGCGAGAGAGGGAGACUUGUCAACUUCGGAAAAUCUCGGUUCAAAACUGAACUGAAAAUGCAAAGACCGAAAAUGUUUUGGCGGGGGGGGAGGAUUUUUCGUCGAGAAAAAGUUUUUCAACGACGAAAAAGUUGGUCAUUUUCAUUGAAAAAGUUGGUUAUUAUGGUAUGACGCCCCCCCCCCCCCCCCCAAUCUGGAAUCGUUCGCCACGCCCCUGAUUAUAGUAAAUAAUACAGAAAAAAAAUAAAAGGAGAGAAUUAAAGCAAGGCUUGCAUUUUCGGUUCAGUUUUGAACCGAGAUUUUCCAAAGCUGGCAGGUCUCUCUUUCUCGGAGCGAGAGGCGGAGCGCCUCUCCGUGCUACGUCAUGUAAUGUGUAGUUACGUCAUGUAAUUACCCUGUGUUAUUAAUUACGUUGUAUCUUUAUAUAAAUAUUAUAUUGAAAAUCAUUAGAAAAUCCUGUGUUAUUAAUUUAUUACGUUAUAUAUUUAUAUAAUAGUAUAACGAAAAGCACUUACAUGUGUUUCCUGAAAGAUUUUAACGAGAACCGGCCAAGAUUGGCGUUGAUAAGAGGUUAACGGCCAUAGUUGGGGUUGACAUGAGGAUUAACAGCAAGAAAUAAUGCAAUGCUGGUCACUUUGACCGUUAAUUGCACUAAUUGGGACAAACGCUGACAGAAAUCAAUCGAAUAACGCGAACUUCGGCUGCCCCAUCCUCGCCAAAUUACGUUACAUCGGAAGAGCGAUAAUUUUUACAUAAUAUACUUUUCUUUAAAAGAAUUGAACAAUAUCUUCCUGCAGAAAAUGCCGAAUUGAAACUUACAAAUGUCUAAUCUUCCGAGGUUUGUGAUCAGUAUGAAUGGAUGGCCUUCAAAUUCGAAUUACACCCUACAUUGUCAUUGGUCGGCUUUCAAAACAACAACAGGACGUUCGCAGAGGCCAUUCGCUAUAAACUCCCCAAACGUUUGCCUCUUACCGGAAAUGUCCUGUUGUUGUUCUGAAAGCCGACCAAUGACAAUGUAGGGUGUAAUUCGAAUUUGAAGGCCAUCCAUUUAUACCGAUCGCAAUCCUCGGAAGAUUAGACAUUUGUAAGUUUCAAUUCGGCAUUUUCUGCAGGAAGAUAUUGUUCAAUUGUGUUAAAGAAAAGUAUAUUAUGUAAAAAUUAUCGCUCUUCCGAUGUAACGUAAUUUGGCGAGGAUGCGACAGCCGAGGUUGGCGUUAUUCUAUUGAUUUCUGUCAGCGUUUGUCCCAAUUAGUGCAAUUAGCGGGCAAAGUGACCAGCCUUGUAUUAUUUCUUGCUGUUAAUCAUCAUGUCAACCCCAACUAUGGCCGUUAACCUCUUAUCAACGCCAAUCUUGGCCGGUUCUCGUUAAAAUCUUUCAGGAAACACGUGUAAGUGCUUUUCAUUAUACUAUUAUAUAAAGAUACAACGUAAUAAAUUAAUAACACAGGAUUAUCUAAUGAUUUUCAAUAUACUAUUUAUAUAAAGAUAUAACGUAAUUAAUAACACAGGGUAAGAUUGGGCCGCCUGUGAUCUUAUUAAGACUUUUAAAGCGUAAUUUGUAAGCGUCAGUUUUGAAGUUCAACAAUCUCAUAUUGUUAAUUUUAUUUCCGGAUACUUGUUAUUUUUGGCAGAUGUAAAUUGGAAAAUUGCUAUAGCUAAACGUCAAUGGGAAAAUGGCGUAUGACGACGAAUUGUUUUACCGUAAUUUAUCUCAUCACUUCCCCGUACUAUAGAUAAAGCGUUGCUAAAAUUUCCUUUGGAAACAUCCCUAUAGGCUUCCGAGACCACAACAAAAUAAAUUUUCAGUACCUCCCAACUGGUAAAAUAUACUCUCUGAGUGAACAUGUUCUUACUAAUAAUUAAUAUCAUUCACAAAAAAGUAUUUUCCUGUUUUGGCAUCAGUAACAAAGAGGUUUUGUUUUUCACAGUUAAACCUAGCAACACAAACAUUAUGUUUACACCAAAAAGAGCUGUAGUAGGUGAAUCAGUUACCAUAACGUGUAUCUCUGAAGGUUUUCCUGAACCAAGUUACAGCAUAAUCCAUAAUGCUACCGAGGUCAGUACUAACAAGACGUAUACCAUAGAUGAUAUGCAGCACAGACACGCUGGAAUAUAUACAUGCGUCGCAAUGAAUAAACUUGGAAACGAUUCAGCUUCCGGUAAUCUAACCGUCAUAGGUAAGAUUAGGUGUUUGGACGAAAUCUUUUGACCAAAUCUCUAUCUGUUUGGUUCAUUUUCUGUCGCUUGAUCACUUUUAUAUACACGUACUACUUUUAUAUACACCAGUUUUCUUGUGUUUUUGUUAUUAUACCUACACGCUGGCACAAAACCGUAGUCGACUCUAUUAUAAUAUCCAUGCAUGUUGGGUGUUAUUAAAGGCAAAUAUCAUAUACAAAUGUGGUUCAAAGCUUGUCAAUCAUCGGACAAAUCCUUACUAUAUAAUUCAUUUAUUUGUUAACCUUUAGCCGUUAACAUAUUUAUAAAUGUUAUAAGGAAAACACAAACAGGAGAACGCCUAGGAACACUAACACAGCGUGAGCCAUUUUUGUAGGAAAAAUCGCCCGUCGCGCCCAGACAACAAUAGAGACGUUCAGAUUUGGCUUCGACUACCAUUACCCUUUUGGCUUAGUACGCAUCUGGUCGCUUAGUCGGAUAUAUCAAACGCAUCUGAUUAGUUAAUGAUCCCUUGAUAUAGUAGAGCGGUAUAGUGAAGUUACUCUGCACCUCUCCAUUGCACACCAUGGACUAAAACCUCUUUAUUUUUGUAAUUUCGCUCGCUAUAGCCGACCAGGAAAACAACGCAAGAUACUGUAAUACUAUUAAGUCGCUUUAAACUCAUUUUUUAACUAACACAAUCAUGCGGUUACCACGUUCUUAGCCAACUUGCCAAAUAGAUGGCCAAGUUCAUUUUCGCAACGAAAUUCACAAAUCAUUUCAAUGUUUGAAUUUUGAUUGUAAACAAAUUAUGCUUGAAUUGUAUUGAUAAUAACUCAAUCGUCCAGCGGUCUCCUAUAUUAAGAAGGAAUUACCUUUUUAAAUAAGCCAAAACAAAAAAUUAAUGGGAAUUUAAACUUUAUAACAAACAAAAAUGAAACAGAAACAAAAAUGUUGAGGGCAUUUUAACUCUAUAUAUAGACUUUUAGUGUGACCCUUUAUUUAACUGGUUUUGCAAUAUUUGAGAUAAAUAUAUAGCUAACCAUUCAGAUGAAAGAUUGAAAUGACAUAUAUGUUAAAUAAAAGUAAAGAAUAUGAUUAUACUUAUUUACGAUCAAACUGGAAGCACAAGUAAAAAGCAUGCUACAAUAGGUAUGUAUAAUUCCUUUUCAGCUCUCAGCGAGCCAACCUGCACAAAUGCCUGCAUGUACCUUCGACAUUGGCAUUGUGUUCAUGCAUGCAGUAAACGUUUCGACUGUGCAGAAAUAUUGAAACAUUUACUUUUUCCUCAAACGCCGUUGUCACGUCCCCCUCCAAAUAGAUGAAACGUUGCUUAAGUUCGCUGAUAUUUUCUCUUAGACUUCUGAGACCGCAGCAAAAUAUAUUUCCAGUAUAAACCUCCCAUGCAUGCAUGCACCUGGUAAAUAUACCAUGGUGUCGGACGUUGAGUGUAUGUAUUUUUAGUAAUAAUUAUAAAUUAAUGUUAUUACACACAAUUACCUAUUUUCUUUAUAGUAUAACAAGAGGUUUUGUUUUUUUGCAGUCAAACCUUACAACACAAAGAUUACGAUUACACCAGAAAAAACUGAAGUUGGUACAUCAGUUAACAUAACGUGUUACUCUGAAGGUCGUCCUGAACCAAGAUAUAGCAUAACCCAUAAUCGUAUCGUGCUCAAUACUGGGAAGACCUGCACCAUAUCUAAAGUGAAGUUGAGUGAUGCUGGAACAUAUGAAUGUAUUGCAUGGAAUAAACUUGGAAAUGAUUCAGCUUCCGCUUAUUUAACCGUUGAAGGUAUAAAAGAUUAGAUUUUUAGACACAUUUUCUUUGUCCUGCAUGCAUUCUAUAUCAUCAGGCGGCAACAUACGUGUGAAAGUAUAUUUUCUUUAAUCUUUAUAUGUGCUUGUUGCAUGGACCAUGGUUUUUUAGGUUGGUCCGUACUUGAAAAAUAUUAGCAAACUUAUAGGCAAUGCUUAUUUUAUAUCACGGGAACGUCACAAAAAAGGCAGUCGUUAUGGUCUCCAAAAUAGUUUCAAUUUCUUUCCCACUAUCUCCGUCUUUGUUUACAAUGCGAUACUACAUAGUUUCUGCCAUUGUAAUUCCAAAAGUAGAAUUGUAAAAUUUAUGAUUGUCGUCGUCACGUCCCCGUACUAUAGACGAAGCGCGUUGCUUAAGUUCGCUAAUAUUUUCCCUCGAGUGCCUUAUCUAUGGACUUUUGAGACCACAGCAAAAUAUGAGCAAAAUAUUUCCAGUAUGAACCUCCCAUGAGGCUGAUAAAUAUACCCUGAGUCAGUUGAGUGUAUUUUUAGUAAUAAUUAUAAAUUAAUGUUAUCACGCCGACAAAAAUUAUUUGCCUAUUUUCAUUAGUAUAACAAGAGGUUUUGUUUUUUUGCAGUCAAACCUUACAACACAAAGAUUACGAUUACACCAGAAGAAGUUAAAGUUGGUACAUCAGUUAACAUAACGUGUUACUCUGAAGGUCGUCCUGAACCAAGGUAUAACAUAACCUAUAAUCGUAUCGUGCUCAGUACUGGGAAGACCUAUACCAUAUCUAAAGCGAAUUUGAGUGAUGCUGGAACAUAUGAAUGCAUUGCAUGGAAUAAACUAGGAAAUGAUUCAGCUUCCGCUAAUUUAACCGUUCAAGGUAAGAUUAGAAUUUUCAGACACAUUUUCUUUGUCCUGCAUGCAUUCUAUCACCAGGCGACAAUAUACGUGUAAGCUAGGAACCACGGAAAGGAAAAACCAGUAGUACACUGAAUGUAGAAUUAAUUUAAGCUCACAUUGUGUUCUGUUAGAUGCCAAAAUUCAGAAUGAUGUCAUAUAUAUUGUUUUAAAUGCUCAUGCUAUACUUAAGAUUCAAAAUUAAACAUUUAAACUGUGCAGAAAUUGAAACGUUUAUACCUUUCCCUCAACCGCUAUUUUUUUUAAAACAUAUUUUAAAAUGCAGUGAAAUUUGCAGCGUCGGUUGUUUAUAUAUAUUUUUCAUUAAUAUUUAAUGUCAACAACAAAAAUGUUUUCGCCAAGUUAACUUGAAGUUGUGGAUUAAAAUUAUGUUUUCAAGAAUCUCAACUAUCGUGAGGUGGACAAAAAUAUAAAGUUUAGGCAGAAUGUAUCAAAACCAAAUUACUUUUAACUUGUGUUUUUGAUUGACAAAACAAGUCAACAUGAAUUUGACUCACCUUGUCAAAGGAAUUUACAAUAACGCCAAAACCCGAGUUUUGUUGGUAUGCUGCAGGCAGAAUUUGGUUGCGGGCAAGAAAAUUCUAAAGCCAAGCAACCCAGGUUUGUAGCUCUGUAGCUAUAUAUACCAUAAUCUUGAACCUUUUUACGGAUUAGUAUCUGAUUAGUAUAUGUUUUCUUUGUGUGCCUGAAAUUUUUCAUAUUCAUGACCACGUUGUUUAGAUUUGUUCGUACUUGAAAAAUAUUAGCAAACUUAAGCAAUGCUUACUGGAACGCCACGCAAAGACAGUCGCUAUAGUCUCCAUCUCAGUCUAAAAUUUUGUUCACAACGCGAUAGUUUGUAAUCUUUACCGGCUGUAACUGUAGACUGUAGGCCUAGGAGGCAAUUGCAAAAUUUAUGACUUUCAUCAUUUUCCCGUACUGGAUGAAGCGCUUCCGUACUAGAUGAUCGCUAUAGGCUGCUGAGGCCACAACAAUAUUUUCAGUACAAAACUCCCGUGCAGUAGAUGUAUUUUUACAGAUAAUUAAUAUAUUACAAAAAAUAUUUGCCUAUUUUCAUUAAUACGAAAAAGUUUUAUUUUUCACAGUUAAACCUGAAAAUACAAAGAUUACGAUUACACAAGAAGGUGUACUUGAUAGCCCAGUUACCAUAACGUGUAGCUCUAAAGGUCGUCCAGAACCAAAUUAUACCAUAACCCAUAACGGUACCAUGCCUAGCGCUGGCAGGAUGUAUAUCAUACCUAAAGUGAAGUGGAGUGAUGCUGGAACAUAUAAAUGCAUUGCGGAGAAUAAACUUGGAAGAGAUUCAGCUUUCGCUUAUUUAACCUUUAAAGGUAAGAUUAGAUUUUCAAACGCAAUUUUUUUGUGAUUUUACUCGCUUUGGUGGCUUGUGCAAUUUUGGCUCAUUUUUCAAAAAUCACUCGUAGUGUUCAUCAUUAAAUGCACUCUUUCCCGUGUGAUUACCUAUACAAAUUAGUAUUAGAGAGGUUCAGGUUUGACUUCCACUACUAUAGUGACCAUUACUUCUACCUCUCACUGGCUUAGUGCGCAUCUGACUGGUUAAUUGGAUAUAUCAUAUGCAUCUGGUUAACGAUCUCUUAAUGGUAGCGGUGCGAUAGUGGAAGUCAAAUCCGAACCUUUCUUAUUAUUUAAGUACACUAUAUCUUUAAUUUCAAAUAAAGGAAGAUGGAUCACUGUUAAAGCAUAGUUCAUGAAGAGAAAUUCUCUUAUUAUGGUGCACAAUAUCGUCAUUGCUACAGAAUAAAGACUAUAAUCUUAUCGGCGUACGGGAGCAGAACGAAAUUUGAGCAUUAGGGGGGCAGAACGAAAUUUGCCCGACUUUUGCAUUUUGUCCGACCAAUCAAAUUCCCUGCUAAAUUUCGGAAACAUUCAAAAAGCUAAAAAUGUUUGCCACAUUGCCCUAUUUUCUUUAAUUUUUACUAUUGUCUUACAUAUUUCUUGUUUUUCAGUUUAUUUUCCCCACUUUUUUCCAACUUACGUUCAACAUUUGCCCGACUUAGUUCACAAUUUGCCCAACAUAUCGAUAUUUCAAUUAGCUGUCCCCCCUCCCCCCCCCCCGCCUCGUACGCCUAUGUAUAAUCUCCAUUCUGUGGUGAAUACUAUUGUAUUAAACCAUAUAAAAAAUAUAAUAGUAAUUAAAUACCUUAAGUACAGUAAUAUUUUAUAGAAUGCGGAAAUAAACUAAGUAAUGCUUCCGCUUAAAGGAAAAUUAAAUUUCGGAAGCAAUCUCAUACCCAGAGUCAGGCAGACCAUUCUACUCUACCGCCAAAAUAGCUUAAAAUACGGGUAUAAAGUAUCCUACAUUUACUCCGCAAGAUUAAGUAUUCCGGAAGACAGCCUGGAAUUUUAGGUAUAUACUGCAUGGUAAAUUGAGCCAGUGUUAUACCGAGUAUAUAAGCUAGGCUUGCACAGCAUUCUAAAGAAUAUAAAUGUUGGGAAAACGGCAAGGACAGAUUUAGGUGUAAAUGCAGGAGAGGUCAAUCUCGUGGAACCCUUUAAUCUGGGAAAAAUUGCCACCUUUGCCCUCUCCCCAUCACUCGGGGCGGCAGUUGUGUAUGUGACAUGCACACGUCACGUAGUCAACUUCAGGGGGCGAUGGGGUAGACUCCUGCAUCUCCCCAAUAUUUCAUUCCACCUCCCACACAAUCUCGCACUCAGGGCUUCCAAAUAACAAUUUUGUGUAUAAAUUAUAUGUCCAAUCGUAUCUCGAGCUCGGAUACAUCCCUAGACUUCUGAGACCACAGCAAAAUAUAUUUCCAGUACGAACCUCCCAUGCAACUAGAUAAUUUAAACUUAUUUACUGAAGCUGUAAGAAACAUGAACAACGUGUUUUGUCAUUAGAGACGACCAUUAUAAACAAAUCGAUUUCUAUAUGCUCUUAGCAAAACGUUUAUGCAUGGCGUUCUUUUAAUUUUUUUCAGUUUAAAUAUUUCUGUUCAGGCAAUACAUAUGACAACACUGAUAAUGGGACGACUGUUGUAGUAUGGCAUAUCGUUGUGACGUUGGUGUCUGGAUUUAUUCUUGGCAUUCUCUUUUCCUACAUUGCCUCGUGUUCUCGUCGUCGUUGGUUUAACAACAGAAAACCUGAACGAAACUCUGAACCAAAAACAACUGAAGUUGAUACAACUUAUCAAGAGCUUGAUCUUUCAAAAAUGAACACAGAAGACAAUUAUCAAUCGUUGAGCGUGAAUGCUGCAAGCAAUGACGUUGCAAAUGACGAUGACUCUACUUACACGCAGUUGAGCAAAACCAGAGAUGUGGAGGACAACUACCAAUCUUUAACUUGAAUCAUGAAUUUGCUACCAUGCAGUUAAAACUUGGAAUAAACUGCCAACUAAACUGAAAAAUCUUACGUUCUCAAUAUAUAAGUUCAAACACAACUUAAUGAAAAUAACUCAUUCCCAAAUAAUUUCUCAAAUUGUAGAACAUUCAUAUAGAGGACAUAGAGAGCUAUAAUCUCGUACAUUUACUAACCCAGGUUCAACCAAAAUUUGAUCGUAU